CUCUCUCUCUCUCCCUCUCUCUCUGUAACUGAGCCAUGGAAGAGAUGAUCUUCAGGAAAGAAGCAUACAUCCCGAACCCUAGCCCUUCACCACCCGCCAUGCACAGGCACUCGCACGCCAUCUCCAAGGUGAACAGCAAGCCCAAGAUACGCGUCAUCCACAUCUUCGCGCCGGAGAUCAUAAAGACCGACGUGGAGAACUUCCGCGAGCUUGUCCAGCGGCUCACUGGGAAGCCUCCCUCCGAGCGAGACAGCGUGAAGGACAAGCAAAGAAGAAUUGCCGCCAAGAGGGCCAGGCUGAGAAUGGCGAUGGCGGAGAAGUACUCACCGUCACCGCCGAUCGCCGCCAGAGUCAGCUGGGACGCGGAGGAUCAAGAAGAGGAAGCGCAGGGUCGUGGCGGUGGCUUGGACUGCAGAGCGAGGAUGAAGGUCGAGGAGGAAAUGCGUGGUGGUGGCGGCGGCGAACUGUUUGGUCGCCCGUACGAGGAAUUGGGUUGCUAUGAAGAAGAGUUCCCUUUGAUAGCCGUGGAUGUUUCUCGCAUGCAUGCCUUUGAAGCUGCUCAACUUGCCUGACCAGUUCAAUCGUGUCUGCAGAAUUAGUCAUUUAGUUUCUAGGCAGUAAUAGUUUGAACUCUUGGUACACACUUUUCGCAUC